GGACAAACCAGAAGAGCAAGGUUGUGUUUCUGUUUUAUGUUACGACAUUUCAGCAUUGCAUUGACUUUCUAUUCGUGAAGUUGGAAUGCUAACUCGCGUGAACGCGAAAGGUUUCGCUUUUUACACGUGUCAAACAUGUCUGUGGACUGGGCGGGAUACGGAUACGCAGCCCUGGUGGCAUCGGGGGGAGUCAUCGGCUACGUGAAAGCAGGCAGUGUUCCCUCCCUGGCUGCUGGGCUUCUCUUUGGUGGUCUUGCGGGUGUCGGUGCCUAUCAAAUAUCCAGUGACCCCGCUAAUAUUUGGCUGUCUCUAGCUACUUCAGGUGCACUGACAGGUGUCAUGGGAAAAAGGUUCUAUGGCUCCAGGAAGUUUAUGCCUGCUGGCCUAAUGGCCGCUGCAAGUCUUCUGAUGGUGGGGAAACUCAGCAUGGCGUUGCUAAACAAACCUCAGCAGUCCUGAUGAAGACACCGUCUUAGCACAUCUCUCACGUGCAGUCAUAAAAAUGAAGCGUCCGCUUUAAUUGCUGCUGGUUAAACAAAAAUAUUAUUAUUUUUUUAAUUCACCUAACAAUUGCAUACACCUGGUAGACAAAAGUAUCAAUUUCAUUUCUUUGGAGUGUGAAUUCGCUUGUAUGUAAUUAAACCUGAUUUUGUACAAAAAGAAUGAAAUAAAGCACCAAAGUCCAUAUAGAUA